AUGCGGAUUUGUUCUUUUCUUUUCUUCAGUGGGCUAGCCUUGGCUGCCGCAGAGAUCAAGAGAUCCACGCCCGCGGAUCUUGUGGUUCCUCGAGACGUUACCAGUGCCCAACUCGUUGAGCAAAAGUACAUUGUCAUAAUCAAGCCAACGGCCGUCUCAUCGGAGAUCUCCACCAAAUACAACGCUACUAGUGUGUACAACACAACUCUCAAUGGGUUCGCUGCUUUCCUCAACGAUGAUGAAUUAGAGGCUCUGCGAUGGGAGUCGGAUGUCGAAUAUGUUCAACAGGUGCAAACCGCCAACAUAAGCUCCGUGAUCACACAAGAAAAUGCCGGUUGGGGUCUUUCAAGAAUCUCAAAUAGUACAGUAGGAAGUACUUCAUACAGCUAUGACGAAUCAGCCGGCGAAGGAACGUGCAUCUACAUUCUGGACACGGGAAUAUCUGUGAACGAUCCAGAAUUCGAGGGCCGAGCCACCUUUAUCAAAGAGUUAUCGGGAGAUGGCGUUUCUGAUGACACUGUCGGCCACGGCACCAGCGUUGCAGCUUGUGCUGCGUCAAAGACUUACGGGACAUCCAAGAAGGCCAAACUAUUUGCUAUCAAGGUCGUUGGUGGUAACGGCGAGAUUGGGGACAGCUCAACCGUUAUUGCCGGGAUGGAUUUUAUCGGCCAAGAUUACGUCUCAAGACAAGAAGAGUGUCCUGCUGGAAUUUUGGUUAACAUGUCCGUCGGCACUCAACCCCCCAUGCAGUCAAUGAAUGACGCAGCACGUGCUCUUGUCGAAGCGGGAUUAUUUGUCGGUGUAGCCGCUGGAAACUUCAACGAAGAUGCUUCCAACCGAUCCCCAGGAGCCGAACCUCUCGUUUGCACCGUUGGGGCCUCUGACAGUUCCAAUAACCGCGCUGACUUUUCCAAUUUUGGUGAAUUGAUGGACAUUUAUGCGCCAGGGAAGUAUGUUGACACUAUCGACAGAUUUGGUGCUCCUAUCUCAUCCAGCGGGACCUCACUCGCAUCCCCAUAUGUUGUUGGACUGGCCGCCAACCUCAUGGCACUGGAAGGUAAUCUAGGACCUAUCGCUCUGUGUCAGCGCUUGCAGGAGCUCGGUGUUGAAGGUGCUCUUGGAAAUAUGCCAAAUGGUACCAUCAACAUCCUAGCGAACAAUGUGGCUGCGACCAUCUAA